UCUCUCUGUCGUUGAAUCUUCUGAGAGAAUAUUUGAGAGGAGAGAGAAAGGAGGGAGAGAAAGAGAAAGGGUUGGGAGUGAUGAGCUUUUAAUCCUUUAAUGUUAUUGUGCAUGAUGGGUUCGCCGCAUUGAAUUCCUCAGUUUCACCUUCUUCCUCCGUCCCCAACCUCUUCUUUUCCAUACCCAUCUGAGUUUUCCUUGGAUUUUCCUCAUUUUACAUCCCCCAAAAAGAAACAAAGGUUUUUUUCCUUUGAAAAAUCCUUGUUGGGUUUUUGCAGUUUCAUGAUAAUUAAAAAAACUGUCUUUUUCAUGCAAAAUUGUGCACACCCAGAUGGGUUUCCUCUGAUUUUCUCAUUUUGCACCCGAAUGAAAAUUUCACCGUAAACAAAGAAAGAAAAUAAAAAGAAAAAGGAAUGAAAUCCUCGGUGGGUUUGUUUUUCUUUGACAUUGUUAAAGUUCUGUCUAUUUCUUACAAUUCCAUUUGUUUUCAAGCUUCCAAAGUCUUCCAUGGUCCUCGGAGAUUUUUCUCAGCAGCACACAUUUUCUUUUGUUCUUGCAAGGAAAGUUUUAACUUUGAUUGGUUUCUCGUUCCCUGCUCAGAAACAUCAGAUUUUUGCUUCUGUUUGAUUGAUUUGAGGCAUUUGAUCAUGGGAAAUUGCUGUGCGUCACCUGGUUCUGAGAAAGAAAAGAAGAAAGAAAACCCAUAUUUAAUUGAUUACAAUGUGCUUCACGGAUCUGUCAGUAGGAACAGGGGCCCGGUUCUGAAAGACCCAACUGGGCGUGACAUUUCUCUCAAAUACGAGCUCGGACGCGAGAUGGGGAGAGGGGAAUUUGGGGUAACGUAUAUGUGUACUGAGAAAUCCACAAACGAAAAGUAUGCCUGCAAAUCGAUAGCAAAGAAGAAGCUUAGAACUGCUGUAGAUAUCGAGGACGUGAGAAGAGAGGUGCAGAUUAUGAAGCGUUUGCCUAAGCACCCGAAUAUUGUGUCGUUGAAAGACACAUUUGAGGACGAGAAUGCCGUUCAUAUUGUGAUGGAAUUGUGUGAAGGCGGAGAAUUGUUCGAUAGGAUUGUUUCGAGGGGGCAUUACACUGAGCGGGCGGCUGCAGGUGUCAUGAGGACAAUUGUGGAAGUUGUGCAGAUCUGUCACAAGCAUGGAGUGAUGCAUCGUGAUCUCAAGCCAGAGAACUUUCUGUUUGCAAACAAAAAGGAAGCUGCCCCCUUAAAGACAAUUGAUUUCGGGUUGUCAGUCGACUUUAAACAUGGCGAACGAUUUUCUGAGAUAGUGGGCAGUCCUUAUUACAUGGCUCCUGAGGUUCUGAAACACAAUUAUGGCCCAGAGAUUGAUAUCUGGAGUGCAGGAGUUAUCCUAUACAUUUUACUUUGUGGCAUUCCACCUUUCUGGGCAGAAACUGAACAAGGGGUAGCACAGGCAAUUAUUCGUGCAGUUGUUGAUUUUAAGAGAGACCCUUGGCCUAAAGUUUCUGAUAAAGCAAAAGAACUUGUGAAGAAAAUGCUUGAUCCAGACCCUAAAAAGCGGCUUACAGCUCAGGAAGUGCUUGAUCACCCAUGGUUACAAGAUGCCAAGAGCGUUCCCAAUGUUUCUUUAGGUGAGUCUGUGAAGGCAAGGCUCAAACAAUUUUCCAUGAUGAACAAGCUCAAAAAGAAAGCCUUGCAGGUGAUGGCAGAACAUCUAUCCAUGGAGGAAGUUGCUGGAAUAAAGGAGGCAUUCAAAACAAUGGAUAUCAACAACAGAGGCCAGAUAAACCUUGACGAGCUUAGGACUGGAUUGCACAAGCUUGGCCAACCAAUUCCUGAUUCAGAUCUUCAAAUCCUAAUGGAAGCUGCUGAUCUUGAUGGAGAUGGAACUCUGAAUUAUGCAGAGUUUGUUGCGGUUUCAAUUCACAUUAAAAAGAUAACAAAUGAGGAACACCUGCACAAGGCUUUUGCAUUCUUUGAUCAAAACCAGAGUGGUUACAUAGAGAUUGAAGAGCUACGAAAUGUCUUAGCUGAUGAACUUUCCACUAACAGUGAGGAAGUGAUCAAUGCCAUUAUGCAUGAUGUUGACACUGAUAAGGAUGGGCGCAUAAGCUACGAGGAGUUUGCUGCAAUGAUGAAGGCUGGUACAGAUUGGAGAAAAGCAUCGAGGCAAUAUUCACGAGAACGAUUCAACACUCUCAGCUUGAAGUUGAUGAGGGAUGGGAGGGAUGGGCAAUGAGGGUGAAUGUUGAGUUCCAGAAAAUUAUUAUUCUUACUGUUAAAAAAAUUUCCUUUCCCCCAUGCGGCCUUUUGGGGCAAUGUAGGAUUGGGCUGAGGGUGUCGAUAUCAUUUCAAGUAGCUGUGCUUAGGCUUUCUUUGUUCAGAGAUAGUUGCAGGAUAAGAGAAUUAGUGUCAAUUGUGGACCACAAUGGUUGUAAAUAUUUGAAUUUUGCAAUAAGGCUCUUUCCAUUGAAAAUUAUUGUCUAUCUUGUGCUGUUGAUGACAGGAGUCUCAUGACCUCUUUGUUGUCAUGUUUGUCUUUUUCAAUUUUCAAUAUAGAAAUACUAAACAUUCCUUGA